AUUUAUUCUCGACAAAAUUGAUGAUACUAAAAAGACGUGUAAAAAAUCAAAAGAAAAAAUAUUACAUCAACGAUGAUUUAACGCUAUUUGAUCAAAGUGUCAAAAAUCUUAAUUAAAUGUAUUUUAUUAAUCGAUCGGUUGAAAUGUUCUGCUUGAAAAUAACUGGGGAAGAAAUAAAUUCGGGUAUCGAUCGUAACGAGUUGCGAGUCGAUAUCGAUUAUUAAGGAAAUUAUGAGAGGUUAAAGUUCAAAAGGCUACGAGAGUCUGUUCGAGAGUGAGGAAAAGAAAAGAAAAGAAAAGGAAGAGGAGGAGGAGGAGGAGGUGGGGAGGAGGAGGAUGACAACGAGAAGCAAAAGUCGUGUGCGUGUCGGAAUUAUGACCCUUACGAGCAGCCCGUGUGAGCUAGACAACAUGAGCUUGUUUCAAGACCUCAAGUUGAAAAGGAGAAAGGUCGACUCCCGAUGUAGUAGCGACGACUCCCCGGUAUCCCUCGGAUCAGCAGGCUCACCGCUCGGGAUCCAGCCGGCGGACGCACCUUCACCCAUAAACUUUCCUGCUCCAGGGGAGAGCAUGGCGGAUACCUCGACCCUGUCGCCUGACGCCAACAUGCCAGGCUCGCCGGACUGUCCCAUGGUCAAAGUGAAGAGCGAGUACAUCCUGGGCAGCCCAAGUCCAGGAACACCUCGAGAUCCUUUGCGAGUAGCUGCCAUGGCUGGUGGAGGAGCUGCCGGGGCAGGUGGAGGAAGUAACGGUGGGAGUGCCGGAGGAGGAGGUGGAGGAAGUGGUCAGGAAUUACGCGAAACAACGUGCACGGAUCGUGCUUCACCUGAUUCGGUCUUCCCAGAUACUGGAACGAUGGUGGGAUUUAGAAUAAUCGAGGAACAACAGCAGCAGCAGCAACACCAUCACCAACAGCAGCAGCAACAGCAGCAACAGCAACAACAACAACAACAACAACAACAACAACAACAACAACAUCAUCACCAACAGCAGCAGCAGCAGCAGCAGCAGCAACAGCAACAACAACAGCAACAGCAGCAGCAGCAGCAACGUUCCAGUACUCCAGCACCAAACAGGUCUUCACCUUACUCACCCGUGCAAGCUGUCUCCACGACACCAAUGCCUCUAGAACCGUCCUCGAGGAGCGAGAGUCCUGACAAAGGUGAUCUCUCGUCUGUUCAAAUGAAAGAAGAGUCCGAUAAUUCGGUCUUUGACGGUGGAGGUGGCGGAGGCGGAGGUGGUGGAGGUGGUGGCAGUGGCGGUAAUUCCGGCGUUCGUACGGAGACAUCCACCCAGCCUAGUCACCGGAACAGUCCGUCGUCGCAAUACAAUCCGAACCAGAGCAUGAGUCCUACCGGUAGUUCGGCUCACGUCUCUCAACAGCAACAGCAACAACAACAACAACAACAACAACAACAACAGCAACAGCAACAGCAACAGCAGCAGCAGGCAUCGCCGAGGGCGCGAGCACCCUCGGUUCCGCCUCAUCUUUUAGCUCAUCAUCAAUUCUGGUCACAAAAUUCCGGUGUACAGGGAUUCGCUACGCAAAGGCUAUUGAAUGGUGUAAUAAGUAGCGCCGUUAGUUAUGGACAAAACGUUGCCACGGUUUCCACCAGUAGCUGCACUACUUUGAGUACGGAGACUGGUAAUAGCGGCAGUGGAAGUUCCAGUAGUACGGGAGCAACUACAACGGCGUCCUCGUGCGCAGGAAUGAAGCCCCCAGCCCAAAGGCCAGCCCCAGCACCACCGAGACCGUCGCCCACGGUGGUCAUGGGAGAAAUCGGUGGCGUUAGGACGAUGGUAUGGACGACGCCACCUUCGGACCCUGUACCACCACCCGCGGCCUCGUGGACGGCCACAGCCGCGGCAGCUUCCUGUUCCUCUUCGGAGGAAUCGGCGGCCCAACUUCUCCUAAACCUCGGACAAGAGUCCAGAGGAAAACCACCUUCCGUUUCCUAUUCGUCCGGGCCACCCCUCAACAUGGAGAGGCUAUGGGCCGGCGAUUUAACGCAACUGCCGGCUGCCCAGCAGAUGCAAGCUCUCAAUCUGACGGCAUCGGGCUCCAGUCAGCCUUGGGUGAGAAACGGCGGGGUCAUCAAGUCCGAGGCGGCCUCGCAAUCAAUGUCGGUCGCACCACCUGCCCCACCGUUACCGCCUCAAGAACACGAGGAAGACGAAACGCCCAUGAUCUGCAUGAUUUGCGAGGAUAAAGCCACCGGAUUGCAUUAUGGCAUUAUCACGUGCGAGGGGUGCAAAGGUUUCUUCAAAAGGACUGUACAAAAUAGGCGGGUGUAUACGUGUGUAGCAGAAGGUGGCUGCGAAAUCACAAAGGCACAGAGAAACAGGUGUCAGUACUGCCGCUUCAAAAAGUGUAUCGAACAGGGUAUGGUCCUGCAAGCCGUUCGAGAAGACCGGAUGCCUGGUGGAAGAAAUUCUGGUGCCGUCUAUAAUCUUUAUAAGGUUAAAUACAAGAAGCAUAAGAAGAGUAACAAAGGAAGUGGGAUGAGCGGUGGGAACAUGGGUGGCAUGGGUGGCGGCGGUAACGUUGGUGGUGUGAACGGGUCGGGAUCCCUUGGUGCCAGUAAAGGUACCAUGGGCCCGACGAUGUUGGACAAACACAUGGUAGCAGCUGUGGCUGCGCAUCACAGUCAGCAACAGCACGCACAGCUCGCUGGUAGCUUCCUCCAUCAUCACAAAAUUUCGUCGGGCGAUCCGCUCAACUCGCAACCUACUCCCAGCCAUCCAAGUCACCCUGCCCAUUCGGGCCACCUGGUCAAUGGAACGAUCCUGAAGACUGCUCUCACCAACCCUUCCGAGGUGGUACACCUACGGCAGAGGCUAGAUAACGCUGUUAGUAGUUCGAGGGAUAGAGCAUUUCCUUUGGACACGACCCUCGAUAUGAUUCAAACGCUCAUAGAUUGCGAUGAGUUCCAAGAUAUUGCAACGUUAAGGAACUUGGACGAGCUGCUGGACCACAAAUCAGAUUUAAGUGAAAAGCUGUGUCAAAUAGGAGACAGCAUAGUGUACAAGUUGGUGCAGUGGACCAAAAGGUUACCGUUUUACCUUGAGCUGCCGGUUGAAGUUCACACGAGGCUGCUCACUCACAAGUGGCACGAACUCCUCGUGUUGACCACCUCCGCUUAUCAGGCGAUGCACGGUCAGCACAAGUUCGCCAAUGUAACCUCGGAUGGAACGGGCGCGGAAUUUAUGCAAGAAGUUUCCAACAACAUGUUUACGCUCCAAACGUGCCUAACUAGCAUGAUGGGCCGAUCGAUAACCAUGGACCAAUUACGACAAGACGUAGGGCUCAUGGUGGAAAAAAUUACUUAUGUCACGCUUAUGUUCAGGCGGGUGAGAUUAAGGAUGGAGGAAUACGUCUGUCUAAAAGUGAUCACCAUGCUCUCGCAAGCACGAGGAGGUACACUGGAGUUAGAACAGAUACAAGAACGGUACAUGAGCUGUCUGCGAAGUUUCGUCGAACACAGUGCACCACAGCAGCCAGGUCGAUUUCACGAUCUACUCGUCAGGUUGCCGGAAGUAAGUUUAACGAUGCACGAAGAAACAUUAUGGUCCUUUCCC